AUGGUACUCCCCAUAGACAACCCCACCAAAUCCUUCUGGAUAGAAGGUGCAGAAUCUCCAUUGAGAAACCACCGUUCCACCGCAGAUCUACCAAAGCAGACCGAUGUCUUGAUCAUUGGUAGUGGUUAUACCGGUGCAACUUUUGCUUACUGGCUGCAGAAAUUCGCAAGCAAUGGUGCUUCGCCUGAUAUGGUAAUGCUGGAAGCGAGGGACGUGUGCGGCGGUGCUACAGGUCGAAAUGGUGGUCAGCUACGUCCUCAUUUUUACUCUCGAUACCGGAAUUGGUCCACUCGAUUCGGGGCGGACGGAGCGCUCAAAGUCAUCCAACAUGAAGCAGCCCAUUUGAAGGCUUUCGACAAGUUAUUGAAAGGUGAAGGGAUUGCCAAGAAGGUCUGCUUCAAGCUAGGCGAGACCUUCGAUGCUGCGAUGUCUGAAGAAGCUUGGGAUAGACUGAAGGGUGAAUAUGAGUUGAUGAAGGAGGAUCACGGAGAGAAUGGUCCAAUCAUAGGCGAAUGUCGGUUGAUAGAGGAUCCAAAGGAGGCUGAAGAGUUCACCCAAAUGAAAGGCUGUAUUGGUGCAGUAGUACAUCCAAGUGGUCAAGUUUGGCCGUACAAAUUCGUGCACGCUUUACUGGAGAUACUCCUUGGUACCGAAAAACUCAACCUUCAAUCGCAUACCCCUGCUCUGGGAGUGUCGGCCAGAGACGCGGAUGGUUAUAUAACCGUGAUGACUCCCCGAGGAGAUAUCAAGGCGAAGACAGUAGUCCACGCAACGCUCAUUCAUGGGGGCAGGGGUACAAUAGCAGCUAUCAAAGCGCCAGAAGGCUUCAUCAAGAAUACUGGGGCUCAGCACUGGGACGCGGUCAUAAAUAAUUACCAUCUACAACUACCUCCCCCAUACAACACCAUCAUCAUCGGUGGAGCUAAGCCAUUGACAGUUCAUGAUCCGUGGCAAUACAUCAACAAUGAUAAAGAAGAUGAGCAAUUCAGAGGUGUUCCAGAAUUCUAUGCUGGCUGGCCCAAGAGAGAUAUUGUCGGAUGGCAGGGCAAUGAUCCCGCGGACCUAGAGAAGAAAGUUGAGGAUGGUGGUGUAUGGUCAGGUGUGUACUCUUCAAGUAUCGACUCAUUUCCGUUCGUUGGUCCUGUACCACGACGUGGAGGUCAUUUCGUAGCAGCGGGGUUCGCAGGUCACGGUGAGCUCUCAUCUUGA